AGAGAAUUUCUAAGCGGCCGUUUGGGAGGAAAGCCGAAAAAAAGAGGGAAAAGAGAAAAAGAAAAGAAAAGCAGCAGCAGAGAGAGAGAGCUUCGGGAGAGUUGCGGACUAGUUCCGGUGCCUUCUCGGCGAUUUUCCGGUGAUCAUCUAGCUGAUUUCCGCUAUUCUCCUCUAGAGAGAUCAAUAUGGAAGUACGACCACCUACCCCAACCAUGGUUGUAUCUGAACUUCUUACCAAAAAUAAUUAUAAAACUUGGAGAGUUCAAAUGAAAUGCUAUUUAUCCAGUAAAGGUCUUUGGGAUAUUGUAUCCGGAGAAGAGCAGCCUGCUCCAGGUUCGAGUGGGGAGUGGACAAGGAAGAAUGAUGCAGCUCUGCAUGCAAUUCAAAUUUCUUGUGGAACAAAAGCUUUCAGGGAGAUAGAUACUACCUCUUCAGCAAAAGAUGCUUGGGAGAUGUUGAUGAAGUCUGGUGAACGUUGGGGUGAAAGAUUAUCAAAAAACGGGUACACUGCUCUUCAUGCUGCAAUUAGUACUGGUCAGCAAGGUAUUGUUGAUAGCUUGAUUGAAGAAAUUUCUCCAGAACAGUUGGAAAUAAGAGAUAAAAAGAAAAGAACAGCUCUUGCCCUUGCGGCCUACCAUGGAAAAACGGAGACAGCGCGAAGGUUAAUUGGAAAGAACCGUAGGUUGCUUCGUAUGAAAGACAGUGAAGGAAAUAUUCCGCUUCUAGCUGCAUGUCAGGGAGGUCAUGUGGAAAUGACACAUUUCCUGUGGGAUGAAUUGAUGAAAGACUAUGGUCAAGCCAACAGCGAGGAGAAAAACGGCCUAAUGAAUGACGCCGCAUUCUUCCUUCAAGCAAGUAUUAAAAGCAAAAUGUUUGGUAAGAGUUGUCAAAUAUAAUACAUAUAUUUUUUGGGUGACAUGGCAUCAGUUAAUGUUUGGUAUAAAAUGGAUUUCAAAAA